AGCCGUCAGAGGUGCUGCAAAAGAACCUCCCCGCACGAUUGUACACUACUGUACGAAGCCCGACUUGUACACCGUACCUGAAAGAUAGCGAAUGCCAGCUUCGACUCCAGCCAGCAGAGGCCAGCAGCAUCCAUAGGUGUUCUGUGAGCAUCUAUCCACUGGAGCCAUCAUAAGAGCAAUGGAAGUGUGACGCGUGUUAUUUGUAUGCAUACUCUACGGUCUGUGUGGCCUUGUGUAUGUGUUACCUGCGUCGUUUCGGCGUACCGCCUCUGUUACGCGGCGCCGUUUGUCACUUAUGCGCAUAGAUUUGUUCGAGCCGGCGCCCAGCGCGCCACGAGUACCGCCCGCAUCGUCUCCGAGGGCCAUGGAUGUGCCGCCUCGGUGGUGACCAACCGUGUCAUCAGCGCUGUGUGCCGCCGAGUUUGAUUUUCUGUUAAGUUGGCAAGCGUGACCCGCACGAAGCCAUGGAUGAUCCACUCGUUACCCGCGUCACGCCCCGGGCCAAAGUCCUGUCCGCCCUCUUCUACGGCAUCGUUUCGUUCCUCAUCAUUGUCAUCAACAAAAUCGUGCUCACUACCUACGGGUUUCCAUCGCCGCAUUUCUUGGGGGUCGGUCAGAUGGUUAUCACCAUUACCCUGAUAUGGACAUUAAGGCAAGCAGGGUUCAUAGAUUUCCCAAACAUAUCGUUAGCCACGUGCGCCAAGAUACUGCCUCUUCCAAUAUUCUUUGGAGCCAAUCUAGUGUGUGGCUUGGGAGGCACACAAAAAAUUAGCCUACCAAUGUUCACGGCAUUACGUAGGUUCUCCAUUCUCAUGACCAUGAUCGGUGAAUACCUAGUGCUGAGGAAAAGGCCUCAGACGGGCGUCGUGAUCUCUGUGUUUGCCAUGGUGGGAGGGGCAAUGAUUGCUGCCUGCAAAGACCUGUCCUUCGAUCUUGGCGGCUACACGCUAGUCCUGCUCAAUGAUUUUUUCACUGCGGCCAACAUCAUAUGUGUUCGCAAGGUUGUCGAUGCUAAGGACCUCACCAAUUAUGAGCUUCUCUUCUACAAUGCCUUGCUCAUGGUGGCGCCUCUGGCUCUUAUGUCAUGGGCUGUCGGCGACUUGAAAAUGGCGCUGGAGUUCCCCCAAUGGCUUGAGCCCGGCUUUCUCGGUGCCUUCCUCAGUUCCUGCCUCAUGGGCUUCAUGAUCAUGCAUGCCACAGUACUCUGCACGGCGUACAACUCUGCCCUCACCACCACCAUAGUCGGCUGCCUGAAGAACAUAAUGACCACAUAUGUUGGAAUGUAUGUUGGUGGUGACUAUAUCUUCAACCUAUCCAACUUUGUCGGCCUUAGUAUUAGCGUUGGCGGGAGCCUGCUGUAUUCCUAUCUCACCUUUGUUCAGAAGCAGAGCGUGCAACAAAUGCCCACGACACAGUCAAAGAAAAGAAGUUGUGCUAGAAGAUGAGGGCUGUCUGCUUUCUAGUACUGUUGUCAGUGAUAUCAAAGAUUUAAAGGACUCUCAACACUCUGCUGUUGAAUUUUGUGGUACCCACAAGGUAGUGUUUCAGUGUUCCAUAGGUGUGCUGUGUAGCAAGUGUGUGUCUAAAUUAAAUUGGUAUGCCAUUCAUUUUUUUUUGCUCUCUCAUUCUAGAUGAUGUCAUUCAUGGGUAUCAAGUUGAAGAACAAGUGAACAAAUCUAGUGCACGCUGUCCUGCAUCUGGAACUAAUGUGUACCUUUCUAGAUCAAAGAGCCUUGUUUUCAACUUCUGCACCAUGCCGACUGCUGUUGCAGGCUUGCAUUCUUUUUCUGUGUUAUUCUAGAUCCAAGCUCAUUUGUGCUCCAUUUGGGUGCAUAGAGACAGCCAUUUUUGCGUUUAUAUACAUUCUUUACAUAUAACCGAUUGCUGAAGGAUCUGGUUUUGCAGUCUGCCCUUUUGCAUGUCUGCAGUGUUGUUGCAAGGAGUAAAAAUGAUGUUGAAACAAAGCC